UUGGGCACCAAAAUCAAAAAAAUUUACCGCUUCAUCUUAAUCAAUUGCUUCAUAAUUUUUCAGGCGAUUGGUAAACGAAAGCGUGAUCCCACAGAAGAGAAGCGUUAUUCGCAUUAUGCAAAUAUUGUGAAACUCUACGAUGUAUAUGAGGAUAACUUGAGCAUCUACUUGGUGGCGAUUGGUAAACGAAAGCGUGAUCCCACAGAAGAGAAGCGUUAUUCGCAUUAUGCAAAUGUUGUGAAACUCUACGAUGUAUAUGAGGAUAACUUGAGCAUCUACUUGGUGGUGGAGCUUUGCCUGGGUGGUGAACUGUUGAGUACGAUCAUGUCUUUAAAGUAUUUCUCAGAACGUGAAGCUGCUGCUAUGUUAAGACUCGCCAAUGCUAUUUAG